UAAUUUUCUAAAAUCCUCAGAUUUGACAAAAUGGAGUACUAUUCCAUAAAGAGAAAGAGAAGACUUAGUAGAGAGCGCUCGCUCAGUAGCGACUCAAAUUCAACAACGAAUUCUAAAAUUGAUGACUCAAUGGGAGUUCCUGAGUCAGACAGGCCAAAUCCCUUCAAAAAAUUUAGGGACAGAGAACUUGGUUUUCGCCCUUUCCUGAAGAGUAAGAAGCGUCUUAAAGUACUUGAUACCAGAGAUGUUAUGAUCAGAAUUCCACAGAGAACUAGACUGACAAAGUCGAAAUUUUUCAUGAAGCUUCAAAAGGACAACGCAAAUAUACAAAAGCUCAAGCAGAUUGCUAGGGAGGAGAUUGCUAAAUACCAAAGAGAAGCUUCUUUUCUGAGAUAUACCAAAUAACAUAUAUUCUUACUUAACAACUGUUUUGUUUAAAUUCAUGCCUAAAAUCCAUUUUCUCGGCCAUUAUUUCAACUUUUUCUGAACGUAG